AUGGACUCGUCGUCCGACGCUAAUCUCGAUGACGUCGCCGUUACGCUCGAGUCGGACGACACGAGUCGCAUGCGCACGUACUGCGCAAGUGAGCACUGCGCGAGCGUGUGGUUUCAGGCGCCGAUGCCGACGAACGCCGCAGUCUAUUACCAGCACGACUACAAGGUGUACGACUACCUCCAGCUCAUUCUCCAUCUGUUCGAUCCCAAGCCAAUGCACUUUUGCGCCAAGUGCCACGAGACCCUCUCGCCCAAGGAGAAGGCGCAAUGCAGUGGCCACGACGGCUCGUGGACCAUCUUUGGUACGUCCCGCGUCGAAAAGUACGACCUCUACGUCUCCUUUGUCGCGCUAAGUCGGCGCUUUGCGAUGCCACUACUCGUCUCGCUCGUCGGCUUUCCGCUCGUCGCGCUGCUGCAAGCGCUUCGGUGCCCGCUGCCCGCCCGAAUCACCGAGCUCUAUGCGCACCUGCCCCGCUUCCACGCAUUUCUGUCGUGGGCUUACCUCUGGGCGACGUACGCCAGUAUCGUCUUCUCCUUGCCAUUCACAGCCCAAGUGCUCUUCUGGGGCCUCCUCGAGCUCUACACGGUGUUCCUCCUCGUUGUCGGACUCGCGUUUGCGACGACGCUCAAGCAGCGCGGCCGGUACACUGCGCGCUACCAACUCUUUUUCGCUCUCCAAGCGAUCGUGUUUCCGAGCGCGUGCCUCCUCCUCCCGCUCAAUUUGAUCUUGUCGAUCCCCAACACGCACCUCCUCGGCCUCACGACGGACCUCCGGACGCUGGAGCUCGUCGACGACCACGAACGGCCCUUGGAGCCGAGCUUUCUCCCCAAGCACUUUGCAUCGACGCGGCUCGCGCGGUCGAUUCGGUCGACGCUCGUCAAGUGGGCGAUCCGGCUUGUCGUGCUCGUCAACUGCACCAUGGGCCUCAACCUGCUCCUGAUGCUCUCGUGGACAACGUGGGUGCUGCCGACGACCCCGAUUCUCCUCCCCGGCUUCAACACGCUCGUCAACUCCCCAGACAACGUCCUCUACAGCGUCAAGGGCCACGUCACGUCGAGCUGUACACCGGGCGCGAUGAGCCAGAGCGUCCAAGGUAUCUGGAGCUUCUUGCUGGAGCCGACGCCGACGACCGCGCGGGGUCUCCCCACGCUGGUGCUUGGGUUUCGUACUGAGACGAACGAGCCGGCAACCUUCCGCUUGGAGAACGCAGCGUCGCUCGACGUCCGGGGCCAAGAAAGCACGUCGUUUUCGUUUGUCGCCAAGCACGGACAGGCGGCGUUCAGCUUCCUCGGGACCUUUUACAACACCACGUGCGGCGACGUGCAGGCGCUCACGCCGCGCCUCGAGACCGUCUACGCCGACAUCUCGCUGCAGCACUACUUGGACCUCGUGCACGGCGCGCGGGUCGUGGCGCCGAUCCCGGCCUUUCUGCUCACCAAGUUCCUCUUCCAAAUGUGCUUCAUCCCGCAGUGCGUCGGCACGUGUACGCUGGUCAUCUGGACGUUGUGGCGGCAGUUUGACGCACUCACACCGCGCAUCAGUUUGACGCGAGGCCGGAACGUUCUCGCUUGGUUCCGCCUCCGCUGCGCGGUGGUCGCGACCGUCAAGCUCUACGCGACCUUUGUGCAAGUGCUCGUGUCACUGGCCAUGAUUCAGUUUGUCGUUGCUGUUGGCGGCCUGGCAGUCUACUGCCUCACGGGGACGGCGCCGAUGCCGACGUACUAUCUGCUCAUGGCGGCGCUCGCGGGGUCGCUCUCGAUCCUAUUGUACCUCUUCCCGCUCUCGUCGGUCGUGUCGCUCCAAGCCAACCACGCCGACACGCUGCGUAUGCACUUGCUGCAGCUGCAAGAUGCGCGCUUCUUGGCCGAGGCCGACGAGGGCCGGCGCAUCGAGUACUUCAAGGCGCUCAUCGACAAGAUCGACCACCACGACGACUAUAUUCGGUACUGGGGCAAGCGACUCUCGCCCGACCAGCUGCUCGGACUCAGCGUCACGCUCGCGUCCGGCAUUUCGUUUGUCGUUACCAAGUCGGUCCAGUUUAGCUGGUCGACGCUCAACCCGUGGUACAUUUCAUAUUGA